CGUUCGACAGAUAAUUUUCACUCGAGUUUUAUCUCAAUUCUCAACAGUUCUAGAUUCUUUUCUCUCAAUUUCCUGUCAAAAUUCUUCAAGUUCCUUCUUCGAAGCCCGGAUGGAUGUCUACAACCUCGGAUCGCCAUGGGUUCGCUUCAGCCAGUCAGCCGAGAAAAAAAAGGCUUUCCAUUUGUUCCCACCUCCGAAUGGUCAACGCGUUUUCCUCACCCUCUCCCAACGUGUCCUACACUUCCUCAUCGUCCAGUUGGCUGAGAGCCUAAGAUGUUAAGCAGGUCAACGUCACCAACCCCCCCAACGGCGACUACUACAGGAACGAGCACGAGCAGUACGAGCUUUGGAAGCACGUCGAUGUCGUUGACUACGACAUCAUCAUCGACUUCGACACCGUCGGCUUCGGUGGAAUCUACACCCGGGGGAACACAACCACCACCUUCGAGGGAAGAUAUAACAGAUACCAGUACUAUCUUAACCCAUCACGUGUCAACGUCGAGUGUGACAGUUGUUACGACUGAGGUCAAGACUACGUUAGUCAAUAGGCCAGGCUCGAACGGAGAACAACACCCCACCACCGUUCUUGAGACAAUCACCGUGUUCUAUACCCAGAGUCCGACAGAGACGGAGACCGUGCGGGAUAGUAGUACUGGCUUGGGAAUGAGUGGAGUGAUGGCUAGUGGACGCUCAGAAGCUAGCACGUCGGGUACUAGUACUCGGAUAGGAGAAAUCAUUGGGGCUGUUGUUGGAGGUGUUCUGGGAAUCGCUCUCAUCCCUGCAAUGUUAGUCGUGUACUACAGACGUCGGAAGAUUAAUAGGCUAUCAAGCGCAUUCGACGGAGAUUUCGAUCCGUACCGAGUGGAGAGGGCACAGUCGCAGCGCAUCCCACACCCUGUCAUGCGAUAUUCCAUAUCUGGCAGCACCCACGACCUACCAACUCUUCCAAAUAUACCCCUUCCUUCCUAUGCAGAUGACCGUGUCCAUCACAUGACUCGAACAGUUCAGUACGAAGCUACCAACCCUACUCCUUCCCCUCCUUACUCACCCCUUGCUUCAUCUUCUGUACACGGAGGGAAUUACGGUCAAUACGCGGAUACGGGUGGUUACCAUCCACCGUCUUCACCUUCGAAACAGUCCUCCCCUACACAUAUCCCUAUACAAACGCGUUCCGAUUGGGACCACCCCUCACCUGGCCCUUCGAUUUGUUCGCUUCAAGGGCAUGGAACGACUACAAAUACAGAUUUGGGAAGUCACUCUCAUUCAUAUUCGCCACCUUCUAGCAUGGAGCAUGGUUCGAUGGUAGCUGCCGCGGAUGGGAACAGGUCUAUCCUACGCUCGCCAACGCUAGAUUCAUCAAACGCUCAUGGAUCGGACAGGGCUCAGUCUUCGUCGUCACAGCCUUUCGUUAGUUCAAAAUUUCACGACCACGAACACUACAGUGAUGAUAACCAUCACAUGCGUUAUGAAAUGGCUCACUCACCAAUACCUGAUGCGUACGCUCCUGGAUUUGGUUCUCAAGAUUCGAAUCCAGUUGAUGACGGCAUUCGGGAAGGACAUGGAAGCGCAAACGGAGAAGGUGGUGGAAGUGGAAGUGGAGCUAGAGCGGGGAGAAGGAAACGGUUGUCUGUUGCCAAUCCUGAUCCUGAUGGGGAUGUUGGACCUGGCCUUGGAGAUGACCUUGGUGGCGAUCAUGGCGGUGACGAUGUUGAUGGAGAGCGAACGUCCGAAGGCCAGCGUACGCCUACUACAAGCACGAGCGAUGCUAUUGCAACUCAGAACGAAGAAAAGACUGUUUAUGCAGGAGGCUAUGACGAGAGUGCUUGGAAGGCGUAUCUCGAGUCUGGGCCGGUGCUUCGCCGUUCUAUGGUUCAUGAUGGCAGGGAUAUUGCGGCGGAUGGGACCUUCGAAUCUGACACGCGCAAUGUCUAAGAGACAUGGAGUUCACGCAAGUAUACUCCAGUUGUUAUCGUCCUUGAACGAUAUAUCUGUCACGUCUCCCGUCUAUCACCGUUCAUGAUAUCAACCAUUGUUUUCUUGCUCCCAUGAUCCGUCUGUCCUCCUGUACAUUUUGAAUCAAUAUCAGGUGUCGCUUGUCUCUACCUUCGAGAAAUUGAGAAUGGAAGCUGCGAAGAGGCAGAACGAAAAGCCAUUCAGGUCGAUUUAUAUGGCUGUGUUUCCGAUUUCACAGCGGAGUUAUGAGGUAUGGUAGGCGUUAGGGAUUCGGGUACCCGUCUUUCUGUUCCUCGGAACAUCAUUGUCGAUGUCAAUUCAAUUCCAAUUCAUAUCCACGUUGUCGAGAAAGAGGACUGUAUUGGGAAUGUACUAUGUAUUUAGGUUUUUUGAUCAUCUGCAUUCAGCGUGUCUGUUAACCCGGUCCCUAGACUGGAUUCCGCCUUGACGCCUAAAACCUCAGUAACUUAUCCAGACCCGUUGUAUCGGUCGAAUGGUGCUGCGUGUAAAACAUACGAACUGCUCCAUGCGGUGAAUAGGGUACGUUAGAGCUCGAGGAGUGAAGAUGGGCCACGUAUGUAAAUCAUUGAUCUUCUAUGUAUUCAGUUUCAGGACGUUUCCAGACGUGACGUACUGAUGAUAUUCCUUCCCAGAUUCUUCCGAAGUCGACGACAUGGCCGCACCCUUUUUCUACCGUUCCACUCCCGUGGUUCUGUGAUUUUAGAACUUUAUUGUUACCGUGUCAGUCGAUAGUAUCAUGAGUUGUUGUGAUUCUGGGCCUCUGGCAUCUGGAAGUGAUCUGGAAUGGAGAAGAACAGGCACGCAAUCUUUGCUUGGGCCGGG